UGGCACCAGUCUCCCAUGAUCGAUGAAGAAUAUCAGUGGAAAGCCCCCUUUUACUUCAUUCAAGGAGCAGAUCCUCAAUUUGGGCUGAUGAAAGCCUGGGCAAUUGGUGACUGUGGCAGUGGAGGUGAUGAAUGGGAAGAGGAGCUCAAAUUAACAGAGCAAGCUGUGCAGGCCAUUAACAAGCUAAAUCCCAAGCCCAAGUUUUUUGUAUUAUGUGGUGACCUCAUACAUGGCAUGCCAGGAACUCAGUGGCGAAACGACCAAGAGCGGGAUUUGAAGAAUGUUCUGAAGAAGGUUGACCAAGAUAUCCCAUUGGUAUUUGUCAGUGGAAAUCAUGAUAUUGGCAAUGCUCCAACACCAGAAACUAUAGAUGAUUAUUGCAAGCACUGGGGCGAUGACUACUUCAGUUUUUGGAUUGGAGGAGUUUUCUUUCUUGUACUGAAUUCUCAGUUAUACUUCAAUUCUUCUAAAUGCCCUGAGUUAAAGCAGGCCCAAGAUGAAUGGCUUGAUGGGCAGCUGGCUAUUGCUGAAAAACAGAAGUGUAAACAUGUAAUUGUAUUUCAGCACAUUCCUCUAUUUGUGAAAGACCCUGAUGAAGACCAUGACUACUUUAACUUAGAGAAGUCAGUUCGGCACAAGAUCAUGGAAAAGUUCCAGAAAGCAGGCAUUAAAGCUGUAUUUUCUGGACACUGCCAUAAGAAUGCUGGCGGAUUCUACAAAGGCCUAGAAAUGGUGGUUUCGUCAGCAAUAGGAUGUCAGCUGGGAGAAGAUACUCAUGGGCUUAGAGUGGUCAUUGUCACAGAGGAAGACAUUGUUCACAGAUACUACAGUUUAAAUGAACUGAGUAAUCAAGGGAUAGGUAAGGAUCUACUGGAUCUGCUGGUUAAACAAAAAUAGCAGUUUUCUUACAGCUCUUCCUUUUUUUUAAGUAUUUUUAUUUCACAUUAUAUAAAAAGUAGAAACUUAAGUUCAGAAAAAACACUACUAUAGGCUGAAGAUACAGAUAUGUGAUCAUUAUACACAAAGAUAGUUCUAGACUUACCAUUCAACAAAGCAGAAUGGCAUAUGGAGACACUUACACCUUAAAGAAUGAAACCAACUGUAUGAAAAAUAAGGGAAUUUGUACACGUGACAAAAAAUUGGCUGUUUUUGAGUUUUAAUUGGGUCAUGCUGUACAUGUGCAGGGGGUUUUCAUGAUUUAAAUUAGGUUGUUACAUUGCAAACUAAACCAUAUCUGCAUGUAGUUUAGUUUGCAACGUAGCUAUUUGUAACACUGCAGCCUUCUGACAUCCCGUCCCUCUCCCCCUGCUGCAGGAGAGGCAGGCU